AAGGGCUCGCCGGUGGUUGGAGUUUUCACCCUAAUAAAAAAAAAAUUGCUUAAAUGAAAAAAAAAAAAAUUACACGCUUUUCACAAAAUUUGAAAGUUGAAAUCUAAUAAGCAAGGGACGAGCUCGCGUAGCUCUGCAGUUUUGGCGGCAAAAUCCACAGGGGUUCGUGUUAAUUAGGGUUCAUCCCUCUCCCAUAUGAAUCUCUUGAAUUUCCCUGCGUUUUUAUUUAAUGCUUCCACUAUUGUAAGUUUUCUGUUCUUACGUUCUAGGGUUUCUUCGCGCCAAUUUUUGUUUCAAGUCUUCUCUCUAUGAGAACGAAAUCUAUACCAAAGCUUUAUUAUAUCGGUUUGCGUUCGUUGAUGAUGAUGAUGCGAUGUUACUGUGAUUGAGGCUUCCAUGGAAGGAGUAGCGCCGUCGGAUUCUCCGACUAUUAGGCCUAUUAACAAGGGCAUAGUCCACAGGAUUUGUGCUGGGCAGGUGAUUCUAGAUCUUUCUUCGGCUGUUAAGGAGUUGGUCGAGAACAGCUUGGAUGCCGGCGCAACCCGCAUUGAGAUUAGUUUGAAGGAUUACGGUGAAGAAUCAUUUCAGGUCAGCGAUAAUGGGUGUGGCGUUUCACCUAGCAACUUCAAGGUUCUUGCACUCAAGCAUCACACGUCUAAAUUGGCAAACUUCCCUGACCUUCAGUCUUUGACCACUUUUGGGUUCAGAGGGGAGGCAUUGAGUUCCCUCUGUGCAUUAGGGAAUUUGACUGUUGAAACAAGAACAAAAAAUGAAUCGGUUGCAACGCACUUGACUUUUGACCAUUCAGGUAACUUAACUGCUGAAAGGAAAACAGCCCGCCAAAUUGGUACCACUGUUACAAUAAAGAAGUUGUUCUCUAAUUUGCCUGUUCGAAGCAAAGAAUUUAGUCGCAACAUCCGCAAGGAAUAUGGAAAGCUUGUUUCUUUAUUAAAUGCCUAUGCCGUUAUUGCCAAAGGAGUUCGAUUAAUUUGCACCAACACAACUGGAAAAAAUGUGAAGUCUGUGGUACUCAAUACACAAGGAAGUGGUUCGCUUAAAGAUAACAUCAUAACAGUGUUUGGCUUGAAUACUUUCACCAGCCUAGAACCUGUGACUGUGUGUGUGUCCAACAGUUGUAAAAUUGAUGGCUUUCUUUCCAAGCCUGGACAUGGUUGUGGGCGCAGUUUGGGAGAUAGACAAUUCUUUUUUGUAAAUGGCCGACCUGUGGACAUGCCCAAAGUCAGUAAGCUUGUAAAUGAGUUAUAUAAGGGUGCAAACUCUAGGCAGUAUCCCAUAGCAAUCUUGGAUUUUACUCUUCCAACCAAAGAAUGUGAUGUCAAUGUAACACCUGAUAAAAGAAAAAUAUUUCUUUCUGAUGAAGGUUCAAUUUUGUAUUCCCUAAGGGAGGGUUUAGAGAAGAUCUAUUCACCAGGUAACGUAAGUUAUUCUAUUAAUGGAUUUGAGCCUGCUAUGCAAGUAGAUCAGCCUGAGUUGUUGCCUCCUCAAAAUGGAUCCCAUUUAGUGUCAAAACAAGUAUUUGCAAAUGGCAAUGAUCUUAAAGAAGAAGUGUGUGGAGGAAAACAGAUUGCAGAUGGUGGCAUUUCUUUUAGAACACUAGAAAACGGGAUUGAGCAGCCCCCUGAAGAAAUAAGGAUAAAAAAUCAUGAUGAAAUGCCAGUGGGAAAGGACUUUACUCUUAAAGUCCAUGGGACUAAGAAGGAUAAUAAUGUUGUUUCUGGGUGUCACGAUCAGCAAUUGACUGCAGAAAUUCACAGCAAUGGUGUUUCAUCCAAUCCAUGUGUUUCGCCUCCUUCAAGAGCAGUUAAGGAAAGUCUUUUUGAAAAUAAAAGAGAUUCAUCUGUUUGUUCAAGCCGUGUUCAAUCGUUACUUGACAAAUUUGUGACAGUAAACAAAAGAAAACAUGAAAAUAUUAGUUCAACGCUAUCUGAGAUCCCUGUCCUUAGAAACCAAGCUCUUCACUGUCGGCAGGAGAAGACUUCUGAAAUUAAUGCUCUGAUUUCAAGAUCCCCAGUUAAUGAAAAUCAUGCUGAUGAUUUUGAUGAAGUUAUUGAAAUUGAGCCUUCCAAGCAUCUUAGAGUGGUUGACAACCCUAAUGAAAUAGGAAUUCCACUUCCAUCUAGAGACAGCAUAAAUGCUGGAGAACUCGGACAGGACUUAGGAAAAAACCAAAGGGAUACAAAUCCUUUUGCUGAUGUGUUAUCGACUUCAUCUAGCAAAAAACACAAAAAUAUGUCAGAACUCGUGGAUGCAGCUUCUCAGAUACUGUCUUCGGAUCCACCUUCAGAUGCUCGGAUGCCCUCUUCUGGUUUGGAUAUAUGCUCGACCUUGCAUUUUAGUUUUGAAGACCUAAUGAUGAGGAGGCAAGGGAGGCUGCUAAGAUUGCAGUCAGGAAAUUAUGCAUGUGAAAAAGUAAAGAUUAAAAGGAGCUACACUGCCGCGACACUGGAAAUUUCUCAACUCAACAAUGAUGAACAAAAAACCAAUUCUUUAGCUGCAGCUACUAAUGAGUUGGAAAGGCUUUUCAAAAAACAAGACUUCGGCAGAAUGAAGGUGAUUGGCCAAUUUAAUCGUGGUUUUAUCAUUGGAAAAUUAGAUGAAGACCUCUUCAUUGUAGAUCAGCAUGCUGCAGAUGAGAAAUACAAUUUUGAGCGUCUGUCACAGUCAACAAUCUUGAAUCAACAACCUUUGCUACGGCCAUUAAGGUUGGAGUUGUCUCCUGAAGAAGAAGUAGUUGCCUCGAUGCAUAUUGAUACAAUCAGGAGAAAUGGAUUUGUUUUGGAAGAGGAUUUGCAUGCUCCACCUGGGCACCAUUUUAUCUUAAGAGCAGUUCCCUUCAGUAAAAACAUAACUUUUGGAGUUGAAGACUAUUGUAUCAUGCUGUUUAAAAGGAGUUUUGAACACACCAGGAACGAGGAGCUGAACACAACUUCAAAGGAGCACGUUGAGUGAAAAAAGAAGAGAGAUUGCAGAAGGAAAUUACAUUCACAAAUCUGCUGCAGCGCACCAGCAACUGGCAGGGUGUGAUUGAGCACAGAAGUACUCCAGGAAAACCAAAAAAGCAGGGGAAAAAGAAAUACCGAAUCAAGCACCAUCAGCAAUCUGCAGCAGCAAUUAGAGAUCCCAGCAGUCUAGAGCUUCAUGCGAUCAACCACUGCCACUGCCACUGCCACUGCCAUUGCUAAUCAGGAAAACAUUCACACAGCGAACAGAGAUUUUUUUAAUGAUAAACAAAGAAGUUUAUUAGAGAGAGAGAGAGAGAGAGAGAAUAGAAAUAACUGCAGGGAAGAAUAGUAGACAUUAUGUUAUGUCAUGAGAGCAGCAACACAUUAGCAAUUAGAGGCACAUAAAAAAUCCAUGGGUUUCUGGUAACUGGUACUGCCACCUAAAUGUCAACAGGGAACUAACAACACUGAACAGAAGAAUGGAAGCCCUAGCCAUGGUUUUAAAUAAUGGCUGCAAACAUUACGUAAUGCCAUUACAUAAUGAUUUUUGGGUUCCCAAUACCAUUACACACCACAAAAUCAGUGGGACGAAAAACCACGGUCAUAGUGGCCAUUAUAGACUGAUCGUUAUGUAAAGGCCGCUACAGUCAUUACAUAACCGCUACAAUUUGAUAUUUAUAUUCUAUAUUUUUCAAACUC